AUGUCGUCCAUUCGUGUGGUCUGUAGGUUCAGACCGCAGAAUAAGAUUGAGUUGGCACAAGGUGGAUGCUCAAUCAUCGACGUUAGCGAUAAUCAAACAGUCAAUAUCAAAGGAAGUGAAUCGAAUCAUACAUUUACAUUUGAUAGGAUAUAUGAUGAACGCAACUCACAGAAGGAUGUAUAUGAUGAUGCUGCCAAGCCAGUGAUCGAGGAUAUCAUGUUGGGUUACAACGGUACCAUCUUUGUAUAUGGUCAGACAUCAUCUGGAAAGACACAUACAAUGCAGGGACCAUCAAUCGACGAUGCAGAACUAAAGGGUGUGAUACCGCGAAUGAUAAACACAGUGUUUGAGUGCAUUAACAAGGCCGAUCAGAAUGUGGAGUUCAUCGUCAAGGCAUCCUAUAUAGAGAUUUACAUGGAGAAGAUCCGUGAUCUACUCGACGUCAGGAAGGACAACCUCAGAGUGCGUGAGGAGAAGGGCAAAGGUGUCUGGGUCGAGGGCACCACCGAGGUCUACAUCUACCGCGAGGAGGACAUCCUCGAGGUCAUGCGAACAGGUCAAGCCAAUCGUGCCAUUGCAGAGACAAAGAUGAACGCCGAGUCGUCAAGAAGUCACAGCAUAUUCAUCUUGUCGAUACAACAGAAGAACUUGAAGGAGGGAUCUAAUAAGCAUGGCAAGUUGUACUUGGUGGAUCUGGCAGGCUCUGAGAAGGUGGCAAAGACAGGCGCACAGGGCUUGACAUUGGACGAAGCCAAGAUGAUCAACAAGUCAUUGUCAUCACUGGGCAAUGUGAUCAACUCCCUCACAGAUGGCAAGUCGGCACACAUACCUUACAGAGACUCAAAGCUCACAAGAGUGUUGCAAGAGUCACUUGGAGGUAACUCGCGUACUACACUCAUAAUCAACUGUUCGCCAAGUAGCUACAAUGAGGUCGAGACCGUAUCAACACUGCGCUUUGGUAAUCGUGCCAAGAACAUCAAGAACAAGGCCAAGAUCAACCAGGAGCGUAGUGCUGCCGAGCUCAAGAUCCUGCUCGCCAAGGCCGAGAAAGAGAUUGAGAGUCUAAAGGAGUACACCAAGGAGCUAGAGUCGCUGACAGGCGUGCCAUCGAAGUUUGGUAACAAUAACGAUAGCAAUACAUCAGCUGAUAUGCAACAGCUAAAGGAGAAGUGUAUAUCAUUGGAGAAGUUGUUGUUCCAGAAGGAGGAGGAGAGGAAGGAACUGUUGGACCAGAUGGACUCUAGCUUGAUCCAACUGCACGACAAGGAGCAAGAGUUGGAGGUACAGGCACACCUUUACAUAGCAAUGCAGCAUGAGACAACCAAGCUCUCAUCGAUCAGUCAGGAGAACGAAACAUUGACGUCACAGGUGACAGAGUUGAAGCUGUCAUUAGAGAAGAAGAAGUACGAGGCCAUGGAACAGUCCCUUUUAAUCGAGGAGCUGAAUGGAGAGAUCGCCAUACUCAAGAGUGACGCGCCCAAGACUGUGUCGGCAAAGGGCAGUGGUGUCACAUCGCCGAUUGGUAUUGCAGGCAAGCCUACCAUAGCCAUCGAGAUUGACCCAGCCUCAUCCUACAACAAGGAGUGGGCAGAGAAGGAGGAGCAGCUCAAGCUGCUACAACGAACCCCGUCCAAGCCCAAGCACAUGUCACUGUCCUUGUCGCCCCUGGAGGUGGAGAACAACGAGCUGAAGAACAAGCUGGUCUCACUGGAGCUCAUCAUCGAGGAGAUGAAGAUGUCCAACAACAACAACAAGGAGGAUCAUGAUCAAGAUCCCUCGGUGGCUGAUGAUGAUGAUGACGAGACAGCCAGCAGCAUGGAUGAGAAGAGCGAGGACUUGCUUCAGGCACUGGAGGAGGGACCAUCAGAGAUGAUCCUUCAGGCCGAGCAGCUGAAGAAGCUGCUGAACGAGAACAGCGACCAGAAGAACUCAUUGGACCAGGUGCGUGCAGAGAACAAGCGAUUGUUGGCCAAGCUGAGCAGCACAGAGGAGGAGAUGCGACUGAGGAUGGAGGAGGAGCUCAACAUGCUUCGCGAGCAGACCAACGAGAAGCUGCAGGAGUUCUACUCGCUCAAGGAGCAUCUGUUGCGCGACCUCGAGAACAGAUGUCAAAAGGUCAUUGACCUGGAGUUGAUGCUGGACGAAUCGCAGGACAAGAACGUGCAGUUGGUCGAGCGUCUGAAGCGCACAGGUGGCAAGUCAAGCGACCAGGAGCUAUCAUUCAUCCAGAUGAAGCUCGACGAGAUGACCUCCAAGAAGCAUCAACUAUCGAUGGACAACAACAAACUAAAGUUGGAGAUUCAGCGCAGUACCAAACAGUUGGCCUUCAAGAACGAACAUAUAUCCAACCUCGAGGUUGCCAUCAAGGAGUCGCAGGACAGGCAGAACAAAUUGAAUCAAACUUUGGAGUCUACAAAGGGGGAGCUGAUCAAGUACAAGUCAGGAAGCGAGCCUUUGGCACAACAGGACACUGCCGCGAGGAUUGUUAGACCACUGAGGGGAGGUGGAGGCGGUGCAGGAGGCGGCGCAGCAGCACCUACACAGCAUGGAUCAGAGGGAGCGACACCCAACAUUAGCGUCAGCUCCAGCUCACCAAAGUUAUCAACCAGUUCACCGCAGACACCUAAUGGUGCCUCGGCGGCCAGCACCACCACUCCCGCCGCCACCAAUGGAAAGCUGACGAGUGAGGGCAGCUCAUCAUUCCUCUUGAACCUGUUUAAGAAGAAACCAACAUCACCCACACAGUCCAGUCCUAAUCUGACGGCGACCCCAACUGCCGUGCCGAUCCCAAUCUCACUCAGCAGCAGCAGUCCACUGCCAUCUGCCAACAGCUCUCCUAGUCUUUCCUCGUCGUCCAUUUCACCACCACCACCGUCUUGA